CUAGCUGUCACGAACGACGCGGCCACCAUCCUCCGGGGGCUGGAAGUUGUGCACCCAGCGUCCAAGCUGCCGGUGAUGGCAUCGCGACAACAAGAGGCGGAAAUGGGAGAUGCUACGAACAUAGUGAUCGUGUUUGUUGGAGAGCUGCCGAAGAAGGCGGAGGAGCUGUUGCGUACGUGUUUGGAGACUAGCGAGAUU